CGAUACUUGCUUGGUUAACCUUGUUCAUUUUCAUAUUGUAGUUAUUAUCUUCCACCUUCUUUGUCUUCUUAUUCCAAGCAGGCGCUACUAGCCGUUUGUGCUCCCCUGCCCUCGUCUUAUCUAUCCGCUCGUCAUCGACUUCUCUUAUCUUUCAGUCCAUCCUAGUUGUCAUGCAACAUUCCAUAAACCCACUCCAGUCGAGUCCUUCUUCUAGACAUGUUUCCACCCGUAGCCCGAUUGUUACUCAUAACGCCAGUCAUCCGUAUCACACCUUUACUGGAGCCAGUAAUGGACCUGGUAAUGGUGCUUCCCGUAGCCCUGAAAUCGAUAUUCAUAGAGGUCGUUGGCCAGGACAUCACGUCGGUGCCGGUCAACCGUACAACAUCAUUACAGAAGAACGCAGGCGCGGUUCGUCAGGUAAUGGGUCGGAUGGCGAUCUCCCUGGCAGUUUACUGGGGCUUAACUUUAAUCUUACACUAGGUGCAGGAUCUUGAGGACUGCUGAUGGUCUGGAUGAGAGUAGACCAGUUUGGGUAGAUCCCAUCCGCAAGAUAAUACGGAGUGUUGUAGACCUGCCCGUUCACAGUAUACUCACAGGGUGGAGCAAUACCUAAAGAUAAAUCUUGGAACAAAUGUGAUCGGUCCAAGACGUUGAUGUCAUUCAGGCUUCCAGGUAGUCCAAAGAACGAGUGCCAGAUGUGGAGAUCACAAGUUGCCACGACUUCGAGAACCAAAGUCGGCACUCCUUCUUUGCCACUAUAGUGGCCUUUCAAUCCCUUCGGGCAAUUUUUCCACACCCAGUGCAUAC